UUCUUUUUUAUUUAAUUUUGUACCUUUUUUUUUGUUCCUUCAUCAUGAAUUUUAAAGAUAGAACAUCAGAGUUUUAUAAUUUGGUAGAACGUAUCAAGAAGAGAGGCAAAAGUCAACCGGUUGUUCCCAAGCGCCAGGGAACACCUCAAGCACGUUCUGAAUUUGCAAGAAUGGCUGCACAAUUAGGUCGUAGUAUUGCCGCCACUUCCGAAAAAUUAGAGCAAUUGACCACCCUUACUAGAUCAUCGGCUGAUAGCCAUACAUUAAAUAUAUUGACACAAUCAAUUAAACAAGAUAUCACAAAAUUAAACAAACAACUCCAAAUAUUACAAUCUGUGACGAAACAAAGAUCCUCCAGUUCCAAACAAGCGACAGAACACACAAAUAAUGUCAUCAUGUCACUACAAACAAAAUUAGCAGAUACCUCUUUAGGAUUCAAGGACGUUUUGGAAUCACAGGUGAAUCCAUCGCCUACUUUGCAACACCAAGAGGCAUCACAGCAACCACGUCGGCGAGUGAAUGUUGCUCAUCAUCCACAUCGAGAAUCUCCGCCAUUCGUGGAUGAUUCGCCACAAUCGUUAGGCAUACCCAUGAUUUCACAACAGCAGCAACAGCAAAUGAUGAUGAUGGAACAGCAGGACAGUCGUAUUGAGACUCGCUCCAAUGCCAUGGAAACUAUUGAAAGCACAAUUGCCGAAUUAGGGGGUAUUUUCUCUCAGUUGGCUACCAUGGUAGCCGAACAACGAGAGACUAUUCAACGGAUUGAUCAGAAUACAGACGACAUUGAAAUGAAUGUGUUGGGAGCUCAACAUCAAUUAAUGAAGUAUUAUACAAAUAUCAGUUCGAAUCGAGGUUUAAUUAUCAAAGUAUUUGUAACUAUUAUUCUUUUAUUUUUACUGUUUACCUUCAUUAUGUAAAUAAAAACAAUAUAUUACCUUCCUUUGGAUUUGCCCCUU